GCUCUGGUCAACCAUGUACAGAUGACAGUCUAAAGCUCCGCGGACAUGGCGGACGUCGCACUUUCGCAGCCUUCAGUGCAACCGGUGCGCCAAUUGAACCUCAUUCCCGUCGGCCUCAAAGAAGCAGCGCUCGACUCGCCCACUUUCCGCGCAACAGCCCUGCAUUUCUCCGACCAGAUCGACAUUAUCGAACGAUGGCUCGACGGCUACGUCAAGGCGGCUUCCAAGCUGGUGGCGGAAGUCAGCAGUCUGGAGAGUCUGGUCAACACUUUUCUCAGCCAGAGCAUGCCGCCCGCGCAGGUCAGCGAGGCCGCGCUGGAUCAUGACUACACUCUUCUGGCUAUGCAACGCUACGGCGAGGGCGCGAGAGAGUUCUGGCAGACCACUUUGCGCGGCAUCAAGCGGUAUGAUACCGCUGUUGUGGAGCCAAUCAAGAGCUUCCUGAGUUCGGAGUUGAAGAACUUCAAGGAUGCCAGACGAGCUUUGCAAGCCACGCAGAAGGAGUUCGAUCAUGUGGUUACGCGGUACCUGUCGCAGAGCAAGACGAAGGAGGCGAGUAGUCUGCGGGAGGAUGCUUUUCAACUGCAUGAAGCGCGGAAAGCAUAUCUGAAGGCUAGCAUGGACUUCUGCAUCGCCGCGCCGAAUCUGCGCGCGAGCUUGGAUAAGCUCAUUGUCCGCAUCUUCUCGGAUCAGUGGCGGGAGAUGCGUUCGAGCAGAGAAGCGAAUGCCACGCUGUUCAACAAGUGGAGUGGAGAAAUGGAGAGGGUGCGUGGUUGGAGUCGCGAGAUGGAGAACAGUGAACGGGCGUUCAAGCGCGAACUGCUCGUUGCGCGAAAGCAGAUCGAAGACACUGCGGAGUCCGUGAAGAGGCCAAGCAGAGAGCUCGAUGAUUACUCUGCAUCUACCGUACCUUAUCUAGGCACGGGCGCAAGCUCAGGUGCAACGCCGUCAACUCCGGCACGGCCUUCCUCGGGUAUGACUGAGAAGCAAGGAUGGCUUGUUAUCAAGACCAGCAUUGGCAAGCCCGCAAGGACCAUGUGGAGCCGGAGAUGGUUCUUCGUGAAGAAUGGUAUCUUCGGCUGGUUGAUCCAAGGGUCGCGCUCUGGCGGGGUUGAGGAAAGCGAGCGCAUAGGUGUGCUGCUUUGUUCCGUUCGACCUGCCGUACUCGAAGAACGCCGCUUCUGCUUUGAAGUUAAAACAAAGGACAGUAGUAUCAUAUUACAAGCGGAGACGCAACAGGAGCUCACGGAGUGGAUUAGUGCCUUCGAAGUAGCGAAGCGGAAGGCGCUCGAGGAUCCCGCGAGUACCGAUGCUAGCCCACAGGCGCCUGGCAUUGACCCAGCAUUUGCCAUUACGCCACCCAUUGCGCCCGAGUUCGCAGCCAAGCCUGGCGAUGUGCACGCUGAAGACGCCGCAAGCGUCUCUGCGGCCGAGCGCGAGAAUGCGUUAGCUCCCGUAUCUACGCGUGCUAGCUUCGACGUGGGCGCCCCGUCCGGCGGUCGACGAGUGAUGAGCGUGGACAAGGAAACCGAAGACAGAAGUGGCAAAGACCACGCAGCACGCAUCAUUCAGAAACUUGACCUUCAUAAACGCGGAGGUAACACAAGCGCCCAACCCAGUUCAGGAUCGUCGGCUGGCGGUAUUGCCAGCCUCAUCUCCGCGAGCCAUAACAUCCUACCCGUGGCCGGUGCGCCUCCGCUAGCUGGCGAAGCCAAGCAGCAACGAACGUUCAGCAUGCCAGUAUCGACGUUAGCACCGAGCACAUUGGCGAACCCUCCAGCACCUACCAACCUUAGCCACACUGCUGUUGUAGUCAGUGGUGAGCGGGGUGUGAGUCUCAGUGGCAGAGGCGCAGACGGGAGUGGCAUGCCGUCCGGCAUCAUGGCCAAUCUCUGGGGCAGUAGCAACUGGGGCUAUGUUAACCGACUUGGCGACGCCCCGAAAAGAGAGCCACAGCCCGCGGACAGCAGUGUGACACCUCGAGCUGUUUCUGUGUCUCAGGAUGACUUAAGUAUUAUGGAUGGCAGUAGCGACGUUGCCUCGUCUUCCAGCGUAAUGUCGCCAGACGUGGAAGGCAUCAGACACCGAAAGACACUCAGCACCGAUUUUGCAGGCCUCACGAAGCCUACCAGAGCGGCUGAGAAUGCUGACGAGUAUCCGAAUUACUACCCUCUUCCGCUCAAAGCGCAGCAAGCGCAGUUUAGGAUGCUUUUCCCUUCCGUGCCAAGGUCGGAGAAGGUUGUGCUCGUGUUCAGGGCGACAUGGAAUCCGAACGACCAGCAGGAAUUUCCUGGACGGGUGUACGUAACCACGAGGGAGGUAUACUUCUACAGCAAUCACCUCGGUCUGGUCUUGAUCACUGGCGUAAGCUUGACAAGUAUAUCAGACGUUACCGCUGCACCGGGCCGCGACUGCGACUUCCUGUAUCUGCACAUGCAGGAGGGUAGCCAGCGAAAUGCCGACGGGCCGAGUCGCGUAACCGUCAAGGUUUUCCUAGAGCCGCUCAAGUUGCUGCAGAGACGGCUCAAUUGGUUGGUACAUAAUGCUAAUUCUGACAAGCCAGUGGGUCUAGAGGAAGCGCUUAAGACGCUCCUGAAGAUGGAGGUUGAUGAGCCGCAGCGGAGUUCAAGCGUCGAGAGCUGGGAAGAUGUCACGUAUGACGCCGAAGAAGGCGCAACAGGUGGCGAAAGCCGUGGUGCCGGUCGCCGUGAGCGUAAUGUCAAGGCUAGCUUGCGCAUUGAUGGCUCGCUCUACGGCGGUGGUGCAGCUGCCGCAAGGACGGGCAGGGAGAUCCAGAAGUUCAAACUCCCUGGCCAACCCGUGAUGUACGCUCCGCAGGGCAUGCAAGCCAGCAUCGCCCGAGACUUCAACGUUAGCGCCAAGGCGCUGUUUCACGUCAUGUUUGGCGACAAAAGUGCGGUCUUCCAGCUGCUGUACUGCAACAGAUGGGCGGACAGAAUCACGCAGACGCCGUGGGUGAAGACACCCGGCGCAGGUGGACACUGGACCCGACAGUUCACGAGCCAGGAGACGCCGAUGCAGGAUACGCAAUCUAUUGACAUCCUCAACGACCACUUAUGCUACGUUGUUACGAACACGAAACGGCCGUUUAAACUACCGUAUGCCUCACGAUCGGUACCUAUCACGAAGAUUGUCAUCACACACACCGCCAAGUCGCGAUCCAAACUUGCUAUCUUCCAGGCGAUCAAUUGGAGCAAGCCGCCGCGGUGGCAGUACGUCCGCGGGCUCAUAGAGAAGCAGGCUCUUAACAGUCUGGAAGCAGACGCCUUGGACUUGAUAACCGUCGCCAUGGAUCAGACGGCCAAGUUGGGCAACCACAGCAAGACGAAUCGGGCUAUUGAGAUCUUCGGUGGGAUUGGCGGUCAAACUACCGUGCCUCAACUAGACACGGCCGCUAUAUCUAACCUCGGCGGCACAGUCGUGACGGGACGAAUCAAGCAGCAAAAGCCAAUGUCGAUGAUGGGGAUGGUGUUUGAUGAUGCCCUACAUCGCCUCUUUCGGAUGCUGGGCUGGGUUGUGGAUGUUGUCAUCGCGGUAUCCAAGGCCGCGCUGAGUCUGUGCACCGCGCAUUCGCUGCUUGUGGCGUUGUUGGCACUGAGUGCAGUCUACAACCUAUUCUUCGGUUAUCGUGACUCGACGGUUUGGUGGCGUGAGCGCAGUGCCGGUCACUUUAUGGCGAGGUUGGGCGUGCGACCCGAGCCUACUAUCAGUCGAGCGAUCUACCUGCACGACAUCGAUCAGCUAGUCGCACCCCCAGCUGUUGAGAAUCUGACAAUGGCGUCUCUCACGCCUGUGGAGCUGAGAGGCGACGUGAAGACGUGCAGGACGACGUUCUCGGAGCAGCUCACCACUUCCACCUCGGUGGCAUCGACCGGCUUGAACACCGGCGCUAGGCUCCAGCGCACUCGCGACUCUUUGGCGAAGUACCGCUACGACCUGCUUGUUGCCCUCAAGAUGGUCAACAGGAUCGAGCGGGAUGCCGUGAGUGCGGAAUGGGAGGAUUGGGUCCGAGGUGAGGAGCUAAAGUGCUCGAGAGUGGAACGCAUGCUGCAACGAAAGAAAGGUCGUAAAGACCAGAAGGGAGAUGAUAGUGGCGCCGGUGAGCUGGGCGAUGACUUCGCCAGUUAUUGUAGCAGCUGUCGGAAUGAGUUGGCAGGGUUGGGCAAUGGGAUGGCGAGUUUUAUUUAAAUCAUUGCUGAGCGUGACCUUAGAUACCCAGCUUGCAAUAACAUGACUAUAUCAAGGAACAGCGGGCCUUG